AUGACCCUCUCUCCUCAGGUUAGUCCCCGAUCGAGGGUGCCGUACCGAUCACCAGAAUUGAGUCCCAAAUCUGUACCGCAUCAUGGUUACAAUCACAUUGGAAAUUUUCAGCUGAGUCUCGGCGAGUCGUCCACAAUCGAUGCCAGUGUCACAGAGACCACAAACUUACUUCCAAAUUCGAUAUACCAGAAGGAACUGAGUGCUUCUUCCAGCAUGGCAGAGAUCUGGUUCUUGGUGAAAAACUCAGCUCCGGUAUUGAUAACGUUCACCUUCCAAUACUCCGUACAAACACUGGUACCGAUAUACUAUGCAAGCCAAUUGGGCCCCAAGUACCUAAGUGCUUGUUCUCUCUCGCUGACUACUUUUUAUCUCACAGGUCCAGUGUUUUUCAAUGGCUUUACUACAGCUAUGGACUUCUACUGUUCAAUGGCCUACGGUGCAGGACGAUUCGAGAAAGUUGGCUUGUAUUGUCAGAGAUGUUUUACUAUAAUGCUGUGUAUGAUGCUUGCAGUCAUUCCUUUUUGGAUGAACCCGAGCGCGUUUUUCCGCUUCAUCUCUGAUGAUGAAGACCUCGUAGCGCUUUGCGAGAGAUGUCUCAAAUUCAUGCCUAUAGUGGCACCCGCGGGAAUCGUGUUUGAGUGCGGAAAAAGAUUCCUCCAAUCACAAACCAAGUUUGAUGCCCCCACCAGGAUCAUAUUGGGAGCCUUGCCGCUUUCAAUUGGGCUCAAUAUCUACCUUUUGCCCAAGCUGGGCAUUGAUGGUCCUUUUGUGAGCUUCCUAUUGACGUAUUGGGCAAUGGCGUUGGCUAUAGUGGGUUACAUCACGUUUAUUGAUGGAUACCAAUGCUGGAAAAGUGAUGUCACUUUUGAAGAAUUAUUUUCCGAUUGGUACCCUCUUCUUAAACUGGGAAUCCCUGGCAUACUCAUGAUCCUGUCGGAAGCCAUGGCUUUCCAGGUAUUGACAUAUUUUGCAACUGCUCUAGGAUCUGAUCAACUGGCAGCCCAGAGCGUCAUAAGCACACUUGCGAGUUUUGCGUUUCAACUUCCCUUUAGCGUUUCCACUUGUGCUUCUACUAGAAUGGCCAAUAUAAUAGGUUCCAGGAACCUGGGCUAUAUUACCGUUGUCAGGGCAGCAGUCACAAUUGCAUCUGCCCUGAGCAUUUUCAACUUUGCUUGGAUAAUUUUGUUGAGAUAUCAAUUAGGGCAACUAUUUGCUCCGGAGGAUCCCCAGUUGGUCGAGCUUAUCGCCAGAUCGUGUAUGGUUUUAGCUUUGAACCAGUUGCUAGACUGUACCAACGUCAUAAUGGCAGGCAUUUUACGAGGCCAGGGCAGACAAAGACUCGGUAGCAUUUUAAGCCUGUGCAGUUACUACAUCAUUGCCACUCCAUUUGAGUUAUUAUUGGGCUUCAAGUUGCACUUGGGUGUGCUUGGUCUUUGGCUUGGACUGGCUGUGGGUGUGGGGUUUCUCAGUCUAAGUGAACUGUACUCGGUCAUCAAGUCCCCUUGGGAUAAGAUCAUGGAUAGUUCCAGAGAACUUGAUGCAUAA